AUGUCAGCUCCCAUUGUAUACUACCAGACCGACACCCUCCUUCCGUACCACCCCACGGGCUCCACGUUCUGUGUUACCCACCAUGGUCCUCUUGUCUCGCAUUUUGUCGGGCAAUUUUCGCUCAAAGCUGCUCAGCUCGCAUUCGGUGGUGACCCUGAAAAGGUCACGGUUCUCUUUCGUCAACAGACACAAGGCCAUCGGCGCCUCCUUAUGGACAAGCGGGGAACGGUUCUGGUCCACUCGAGGCUUCAACAACAAAUACUCGAACAUGAAGGAUUAGACCCCUCACGAUUCCAAGUAUUACGACCACCAAUUGGGGUCCCAAGGUGCCGAGAACGCGUGGAUCUCUCCCAACAAAUAAAGGAAUUUGUUGAAAGCUCGUCAAUCCUUCUCUUCACAGCAGUUGCACGACUUGACUAUUUCAAGAAUGUCGAUCUACUCGUCGAAACCUGCCUUAUCCUCAUUGCUCGAGGUCAGCCUGCUAGGCUUUUGGUGGUUGGGGAUCCCGAGAACAAUUCCACUCGUCGCCAAGCAUUGUUGGCUUCUGUACCAGCGGACAAACGAAACAAUUUCCUCGUCCUCCCACGCCUCCCUAAAGACCAUCUAUAUACUUUAUUUGCUUUGGUUCGCUUGAAAGCCAUCUUUCUAUGCCCCUCGAGAUAUGAAACGUUGGGCAUAACCCCCCUCGAAGCCGCAGCAUGUGGCGUGACUACAUUCAUAACCGAAACACCCAACAUCGGGGCUCUCGCUUUUCUUCCACCAAGAUGCCGUGUUGGUUCAGACGCAAAGAGCCUUGCCAGCAGCGUCGAAGAUGCCUACGAGGAUGGGAUUCAGAAGUCUUCCGCAAUGAUCGAAACAUAUGUCCGUAAGAGGACGUCGUUCGAGGGAUUCCGCCAAGAUUUACUUCAUGCGUGGGCAAAAAUGUCAAAGGGUUAUGUCGGCGGCCAGUAUGUGCCGCUUAAGGUCAAUUAUAGCUCCAAAUAA